AUGGUGGAGCCUAGAGCAGCUGAUAGGGAAGAUUUUGAUGGCAUGAUGAAAGCAUUCUACGAGGUUGUCAAGGGAGAUCUAUAUAAUCCUAUCUGGAUGAAGUCCAUGAUUGGAGUUUCAUCAGGAGAUAUUAAAGCUGAGUGUAAUGAUGAUGACUCGGAUAUAGAUGGCGCUCUGUUCUUUGCUGUAUGCCGCGGUAAAGUUAGCGAGGGGAUGGAUUUUGCUGAUGACAAUGCCCGAGCUGUCAUUACAGUUGGAAUACCUUAUCCUAGCUUUAAAGAUGUCCAGGUGAAACUAAAGAGAGAAUAUAACGACAAACAUAAGAUUGAUAGAGGACUUCUAAGUGGAGGUGACUGGUAUGAAAUCCAGGCAUUUAGGGCCUUAAACCAGGCUCUAGGAAGGUGUAUAAGACACAGAAAAGACUGGGGAGCCUUGAUCAUUGUUGAUGAUAGAUUUGUUAAAAGAACAGAAAAAUAUUGCAAGAGUUUGUCAAGAUGGGUAAGAUCGAAGGUACAAACAUUUGAUGUGUUCUCUGACUUUCUCACGUCCAUGUCAAACUUUACUGAGAAAAUGAUCAAAGAAAUGCCAAAAGUGAGUCCAGACACAUCAUUUAUUCCCAGUACACCAUGUGACGACAGAAGAGAUUCUGUUUAUAAGAGACAUUCACUAGAUAAUUCAUACUUAAAUAGUACUAUACAGGCUUCACCUUACUUCACAAGUCCACCAUUGAGUCAGUCUCCAGAUUUGCAAAAUCUAUUUAGAACUCCUGAAACCUCAAGCAAGAGAAGAUCAUUAACUAGCCCAGCUGUUCCAGUAUUUCCUGGAGUUACUUCCCCUACAGUGCACCAACAGGUGCUUGCUGGAGUUACUUCCCCUACAAUACAGCAACAGGUGCUUACAGGAGUAACCUCCCUUAAUAUACAGCAGCAGAUUCUGAAUGUGAUUAAUUCAGGGACAGGACCAAAAGAUCAGCCAUAUUACAUUAUUGUAAACCAAGGGACGUCGAGUGAACAAACAUUUCUUAUAGAACCAAACAAACAUGGAGGCAAUCAGCAGAUGCCCGCCCAGAUGCUAUCAAUGGUUCCUCCAAUUGUACCCUUAACACAAGCUGCAGGUCAACAAGUGGUAUUGAACAUGCCUGGAACCAGUCAGCAUCAAACUGUUUUACUGACAAUGCCCCAACUUCCAGUGCAGGGAACCAACUUGCCACAGUCUGCCACUAUUCCGGGAACCAGUCUAAAAUCUGAUUUCAGGGGAGGUAAUCAGCUGGACAAAACAAAUUCAACAGAUGGCAUAAAAUCAGAAAAUGUGUCUAAAGAAGAAAAGAAAGCAGAUAUAGUGUUCACUCUUGGGUCAAGCACACUUAGUGCAGAAGAACAACUGAAGAAAUUUGUUAGUUCAAGUCAAGCUCCACGAAAUCAGGCCUAUUAUGUUGUUGUUAAUAAAGGGGAGACAAAUGAGAGGGCAUUCUUUAUUGAACCAAACAAAAAAGGAAAAUCUAAACCUAACGCGGAAAAGAAAAUUGAAGCAGAGAAAACUGAUGACAGUUUAGUUAAAACACUAGAUCCAGUCAAAACAGAGGACAAAAAACCAGUCAAGAUAGAACAGGAAGUGGUGGUGCCUGAUUCCUCUACAGGAGAUCCAGAACCUCAGAACAAGUUCCUAAAAUUUUGCCAGCUUCCAAAAACCCCAGCUAAAGUUCCAGUGGCAGCUGUUACACCUCAGAGACAAUCUGAACAGGAAAUCAAAACAGAAACUGUUGACUCUGUGAAAAUAGAACCAGAUAGUCUCCUCCAGACUAUGUCAAAAUCUUCACACAAUCCUCAAACUACAUCAACCAUUAGACAGUUACAGCCUACAUGUACAUCACCUGUACUCUUUGAAGAUGGCCAGACAGAUGGACCAGCUCCUGAGAGUGUAAAUAAAACAAAUAAUCUUGCUGAUUUAGAUAAAGAACAUAGCACGAAGAAGAAACCAAUUUUCAAGAAAAGAAAUUCACUUUCUUCAAAAACACUAAAAUCUGAGAUUGAGGACUGUAAGGGAACAUCAAAAGAUGGAGAUAUUAAUAUCGAUGAAGUAAAUAAUGAUAAAGAUAAUACUGAUGAUUUUAAAGAAGAGAGUAAAGGAGGAAGAAGGACUAAGCCUACAACAAGAGGGAAGGUAGAUAUGUCAGUGGUAGAUAAAGUUCAACAGGGUAGAAAGAAGUCAGAUGAUGUUCUACAAGAAGCAAAAGAUAAGAAGAAUGUUGGGGAGGAAUUAUUAGAUGGGGAAUCGGCUUCAGGUAAUGAUGUGAAUUCAGACGAGGAGUUUCUCAAUACACGAAGACGUGGUGGAAGGAAACGUAAAUCAACAAGUAAAUUUCAAGAGUGGUCAAAGCGGUCCAGAAAAGGUGUCACAUACGAUGAUAAUGAAAACACUGAUGAAAAAGAAAAUAAGGCCAAAAACCAGUGUUUAUCAUGUAUAAAAUGUGGUAAUAAGUUGUUACCACUAGGCCAGUAUGAGAAGCAGAAAAAACAUCCAGAAUUCCUGACCUGUGUUUUCAAGAAGAACACAGAGUUGAUAUAUUUUCCCAACAUGAAGACCAAGGAUUGCCAAUUACAAACAGUUGAAUCUGAAACAAAUAGUAAAGGUUUAAUGUUGAACAGUGUAUAUGACGAGACAUUAGGAUGUUGUAUACAGUAUUUACAAUGUAUACAAUGUAAGAAUGAUACAGUGAUUGGAGCUAGAGUUCUGCUGGCAGAUUCUACCUCACAAUAUACAGCUGGACAGGCUUGGAUUCUGUCAUCAGCUGCUAAGUUAUGAUGUGGAUAUUUCACUAUCAAGUUAAUCUUGUCAUUUUGACUGACUGGUGCUACUAUUUUCAGACUCAAAAGGACUGUGAUAAUAGAGAAGCCUGACAAUUGAUCUGGUUUAAAUCUUUUAUCUUGCCUGAAUGAAGGUCUAGUCAUUAUUUUUUGUGAAAGAAAUAUUUCAAACAUUCAACCAAUUGAAAGUGAAAGUGAUUAGCCUUUGCCACUAGUAUAGAGCCCAGUCAGCCUGUAUAUAAGUGCAGUGUGGCCUGGUUCUACACUGUUGGUACCGGGUAUCUUAUAUUUUUUGUACAUUUUGUAUAUUGAUACAUGAAUCUCUUAAACUUUGAAUAGACUGUUUCAAGAUUGCAGUAGAGUAAAUCCGAUACAAAAAUUUAAGAGGUUAAGGUUUAUCAUUGAACCAAGUCUUGAAAGAAUUUACUGGAGGAAGUCAAUAUCCUCUAUAACAGAAUCUUAGUAUAAAAAAAAACUCAGCAAAGUUUGAUAUAAAUUUUAUCACAUAGGGAGAAUGUCAUUAAGAAAUUUUAUAAUUACUAUUAAUUGCAUGUUUGUAACUACUAUGAUAUUUUAUUAAACUUGAAGUUAUCCCCCCUGAAUUAGUUGUGAGAUGUAUUUUUGGUCUGACACUGUGGUCAAUGCACAUACUUGCAAAGUAUGGAAUUUUUCAAAAAGUUCUUUGUAAAUAAAUGAAUUACCCAUUAUAUUGAAUUACAGCAUGUGGAUAAUUGUUGUUUUCUGAAGUAUUUCAAGAGUUACUGCCCCUAAAUUGAUUGAAAAUAGAGAAAAGAAAUCAAGAUAAUUAUUAAUAUAAGAGUAUGGAAUUUCAUAAACCUUUUUUGUCUUAAUAUCUAGCAGUUAUUGCCAUUUACCUGAUACACAUAGCUAUAUUUUUAGACUAAUAUUUUUGAAAACAUCUUUAAUUGGUGAUAUCAGUAUAUUGACUAGCAGGUCCUGUCUUGUUAAGCAUUAAUACUUUUUUGAAAGAGCUGAAAGACCUGUUUUGUAUAAUAUAAUAUACAUGUUCAUGAAUAAAUAGACGAUAUGUUUUUUCUAUAAUUACAGGAUUUAUUUUCAUGUAUGUGUAGUUGAAACAGGAAAAAAUAUUUUGUUUAAAGGUUUUGAAUGCUAAAAUAUAUUCUGUGUAAUAUUCACCUGGGUAUUAGUUAUUUUAAUGAGCAUUUACACAAAUUUACCUCCUGGAAAAAAUAUUAUAUAUUUUUAUGUUAUAACUAUUUAAGUGUUGUUCUUUAAUCCAAUGUCUUAAUCACAUUUUGAACUGUUGAUAUAUUUUUAUCAAAUCAUCAUUUAAACUUGUGUAUCUUUAUGUUAUAACAAAUAUUAAAGAACAAUUACCUCAAAUCAAGUUAACAUUUAGUAAGAGUUGUGGCCCUUGCUUGUAAGGCUAACAUAUACUUUUGCAGGUGCAUACAUGAUCUGAAUAUUGGUGUCAUUUUCUGUGUUUCUGUUUUAUCUUUUAUGAAUAGCAAGGUGGUCAGAGGCCAGAACUAUACUCUUUUCUUUUUGUAAUGUAUAUUUCUUUGUUUGAAAGAGGAAAUUAAAGGGAUGCCUUC